UCAUCGUUUCAUAGAUUGGCAGUCGAUCUCCGAAAUCGACUUAGACCAUUAGUUUUUAUUCGAUUAUGUACCACUUGUCAAGGUACUCAUAAUAAUCCGAACCCUCGACAUGUUCUAAGCGAAUUAAUUGUUAAUAAUAAGUGAAUCUUAUCACGACGAACAGAAUGACGUUGUUCAAGAAAUUCUUCAUGCCUUGUGGUCUCUGUGCUGCAGUGCCAGUGUUUAAACCUGGUCAAACACCAGACAAAGUCCAAAAUGAGCAAAAAACAUUGGUUCGACCAUCAGAACUUCCAAUUUACAAAUUUGAACCAAUAGAUACACCUAAGGCAGUCCAAUGCCAAACAAAACCUAAUAUUCUAGAAGAAAAUUUUGGUGUAGUACGGAAGUCUGUGCAAGAGUUUCUUCAUCAAUUUUCAAGCUACACAAGUGUCGUUAGCAAUACAAUUGAAACAGGCAAAGCCCAUAGUCAAAUGACAUUGGAAAUGCUCAGAGAAGAAACAAAUGUGUUGCCUCGAAUUGGAGCAGUAGGUGUCGGUGGUUUAUCUGGAUUGAUAUUAGGUCUACGUGGAGGCAAAUUUAAAAAAUUAGUUUAUUCAACUACAGGAGCUCUCAUUGUUGCAUCUAUAUGCUAUCCUAAGCAAGCUCAAGAAGGAAUGAUCCUUGCAAAGUAUUACAUGAAUGUUGGAUAUAACUUUUUCUAUGGUGUCAAACCAGGAGAUGCCAAUCAAAUGGAAAUUUCUUGGCCACAGCUACCAAAAGUACCAACAAAUCUAUCUGAGGUGACAGAGGUAGCUGGUGAUGUAGCUGGUGUAGCUGCUUCAGCUGUUGGUACGCUAGCUAGUAAAUUGAUUCAGACACUUAGUGAUUUUGCUGAGACUCCAAAACCAGGAAAGGUGAAACCAGAUCAAUAAAAAGUUGAAACCCGUUAAAUUCAUGUAGUUGCAAAAAUCCGAUUUUCUUGAUCGAUUUGAAUGACUUGACGCAAUAUUUCAAUGAAAUAGUCUUUUUCAGAAGAAAAGAAUUGUAAUAAAAUUAUUAAAAUCAUGUAAUUGUUAUAUAGAAAAAAUGAAUUCUUGGAACAUAAAUCGA